GACUGGCCAAGGCAGACCUGUUACACUUGCCUGAGUUAGGCAUUGUUUGCCAUGCCACUAAACCUGCCGUCAAGUGAAACCUUCAUUGGGGAAAUGAGAUCGGAGUCUGAACCGCAGAAGAUGGACGCCCUGUCUCUGUUUUUUAUUGUUUUACUUUAAUUUCAUUUCUUUUUCUUUAUUUUGUCCCUUUUUUUGUUUUUGUUUUUGUUUUUGUUUUGUUAAAUCUCUUUCACUUUAACUUGUGAACUGGUUUUCCAGUUCUUUAUAAAUGGUAUUCCAUUAAAGGUUCAUAACAUUGCACUGCAAAGUAUAUUGGGAGGUGAUUAUCAGAGCUCAAUCUUAAGAUAAAUUUUCACAGUAAAUUAGGAUACAGUAUUAUGAAGUGCAGUUUGAGUCUUAAUUUGUGUUUUAUCGACUGAUCAGGUACAUUUUAUUCUUGAAACCCUAAACCACUGAUACGUCUUAGGAACACUUUUUGAUCGCAGGGCAGCAGUUUUUUAGUUUUUCCUCCAAGUUGGCAUCUCUCAUAAAAACCAACUGGUAGCUUCUAAUUUUCAUCCUUCCCCCUAGUAUUUUAGGCAUACAAAAUCAUCAAGGAAAAAAGUAAAUUUCUUAGUAACAAUCUGGGGCUAGAGGACAAGAAUAGACUUUCUCACUUUAUGAUAGUCAUUAAAAAAAAUAAACUAUUUUCUUGACUCAAUAAAGAAUUUUAGUUGCCUAGCGGGGAAUGGAUAUUUGAGAAACUUGAAUACAUAUUUGCCUGUGUGUUCCUCUGAAUUUUUUGUUGAAAAUUUUUCAGAGAUUACUAGCUUCUAAAUGGAUUCAGAGAUUAGGACUAGUACUUUAAUACUGUGAGAGAUGUUUUUACUGCCAGUUGUCUUUGAGGAGUAUAGUUUGGGAAAAAUGUUAAAUGCUUAUUUGUUUUAUACUUGUAUACACUCAGUAUUUGGAGGGUAAAUUUGAUAGAAUUCUAUGUUGGAAAUUAAGCAAUAGAACUUUUUUCUUAAAUUAUCUUUAAUCGUAAUUAGAAUAUGAAAAAUGUGCUUACAGUUAGACUUCAAUAUAAUAGUUCAUUACUACUGUAGGAGGCAGUGAGAGUCAGACAACCUACUGGUACUUUUUCUAAGCCAAAAUUGAAAGACUUUAUAAUAGUAAGUAUAUUCAACUUUUGGCCUGUGUUGAAUGCCCUUUUUAUUUAGUCUUUUUACACUGUCUUGAAUGGAUAACUUCGCUUAUUCAAUUGGCAGAUAAUACUAAAUUGGGGACAUUACUGGAGUGGAACUCUUAAGUUUUUUAGGUGUGUAAAAUAGGGUAGCUUCUCAGGACCUCAGUUGAUUUAUCAAAAUCUGUUCAGGUUUUACAAACAUUUACAAAAUAAUACCUCAUUAUAAAACAGGUCUGAUAGCAAUACAAAUAGUAUAGUAUAUGUGUAUACAAAUACAUGUGUUAAUACUAAUAACUAAUAAUAUAAACUAAAUUGUUAUUUGAUAUCUUCAGUAAGGCCUACCUACUUUUUAUUUAUGCAUGUUAAAAAAUCUGUAUAAUAAAAUAGCAUUGUUUUUGAAAUGAGUAAAAUAAUACAGGUGUAGAUGUUGGAAAGCUUUAGAAAAAGUAGGCAUUUGCUAAAGCUAAUACAAUGUUAAUUUUUCUGUUUGUAUAAAUGAGGUGUAACAAUUUAAAUCAAGUUUUAAAAUCCAUCUUGAAUUCCAUCAUGUUUAGAGAUACUCAGAUAAUGUUUAGAGGUUUAUCCCUGCACAUCUGGUUGUUUUAAAUAGAAUUUUUACCAGUAAAACUCAGCAUGGUGCUUUAAAUUUACUCCAUAUGCUAUUUCCUAUUUAGUUUUGACUUGUAUACUGUGUUUUAAAGUACUUUUGAAAAUUUCAUAAUAGAAAUGUGUAGCUAACUACCCCAUAAUUAUGAGUAGUUCUUUUAAAAAAGUUGUACAUGUAAGCUUUUUUCAUUUUUAGUUAUAGGGAAUCUUUCUUCUUAGCAUCUAAGAUUAUUUUAGUGUUUUGUUGUUGAUAAUAGGCAACUAAGAUGUUUAUAAGCAAGACACUGAGGCAUUAACUACCCCUCUUCAGAUAAGUAUACAUAAAUCGGUUCUAAAAGUCAUUGGAUUAAAAAGUUUCCCGAGACUAGGGAACUAUUUUUAGUCAUUCCCCAAAAUGUUAGGUGUUUCCCAAGGCAUAUCCUUUGGAAUGGGAUUCUUACAGGCAUCUCUGAUGUUGGUGAGAUGCCUUAUUAACUGAGUGGAUUGUAGGCUUCUUUUUAUAUUGAAGCUGAUUAUGUGCAGUAGGCUUUUGUAUUUUAGUCUACUUGAAUGGAAUCUAUUGGAAGAUUAUCAAAAUUGUUUGCAUCACAAAUAGGUAGUUUUAGUAACAGGAUAGGGACAGUCAGGAAAGGAACAAAUUUCAAUUCGCACAUAUUUGUUUUUUCUUUUUCUUUUUUUUGACUAAUUUGGUUAUUUGCCAUUUCUGGGGAUUAAACUUUAAAAAAUGUUCUUCUUUUCUGUAUCUGAUGUUCUGUGUGCUAUUAGUGAUGCAGCCAACACGAACGGUUGUCAUGUGUAACACAACUUUCGAUCACCGCGAAAACACCGUCCUGGGAAAGCGUCCAUGCUUGAUAUCGUUUGGUUCAUGAACAUUAAGUUUCCAGUACAGGUAAAAUUCCAGAGGAAUCCAAAGCCCUUUCUUUAUUGGCUCCUGCUCCAACCAUGACAAGUCUGAUGCCUGGUGCAGGCUUGCUUCCCAUACCGACCCCAAACCCCUUGACGACAUUGGGUGUUUCCCUUAGCAGUUUGGGAGCGAUACCAGCAGCAGCCCUAGACCCCAACAUGGCAGCACUUGGAGAGAUACCACAACCACCACUUAUGGGAAAUGUUGAUCCUUCCAAAAUUGACGAAAUUAGGAGAACAGUCUAUGUUGGCAAUUUGAAUUCCCAGACAACAACAGCUGAUCAACUGCUUGAAUUUUUUAAACAAGUUGGAGAAGUGAAGUUUGUGCGGAUGGCAGGUGAUGAGACUCAACCAACUCGGUUUGCUUUUGUGGAAUUUGCAGACCAAAAUUCUGUACCAAGGGCCCUUGCUUUUAAUGGAGUUAUGUUUGGAGACAGGCCACUGAAAAUAAAUCACUCCAACAAUGCAAUAGUAAAACCCCCUGAGAUGACACCUCAGGCUGCAGCUAAGGAGUUAGAAGAAGUAAUGAAGCGAGUACGAGAGGCUCAGUCAUUUAUCUCAGCAGCUAUUGAACCAGAGUCUGGAAAGAGCAAUGAAAGAAAAGGCGGUCGAUCUCGUUCCCACACUCGUUCAAAAUCCAGGUCUAGCUCAAAAUCCCAUUCUAGAAGGAAAAGAUCACAGUCAAAACACAGGAGUAGAUCCCAUAAUAGAUCACGCUCAAGACAAAAAGAUAGACGUAGAUCUAAGAGCCCACAUAAAAAACGCUCUAAAUCAAGGGAGAGGCGGAAGUCAAGGAGUCGUUCUCAUUCACGGGACAAGAGAAAAGACACCCGAGAAAAGAUCAAGGAGAAGGAAAAAGUGAAAGAAAAAGAUAGAGAAAAGGAGAGGGAAAAAGAGAGAGACAGGGAAAAAGAACGUGAAAAAGAAAAGGAACGGGGUAAAAACAAAGAUAAGGACCGAGAUAAAGAACGGGAAAAGGACCGGGAUAAAGACAAGGAAAAGGACAGAGAGAGAGAGCGGGAAAAAGAGCAUGAAAAGGAGCGAGACAAAGAGAAGGAAAAGGAACCUGACAAAGAAAAGGAACGAGAAAAGGACAGAUCUAAAGAGGCAGAUGAGAAAAGAAAGAAGGAUAAGAAACCCAGAACGCCGCCCAGAAGUUACAAUGCAUCAAGAAGAUCCCGUAGUUCCAGCAGGGAAAGGCGUAGGAGGAGGAGCAGGAGUUCUUCUAGAUCUCCAAGAAUAUCAAAAGCCAUAAAAAGGAAAUCAUCUAGGUCUCCAUCCCCCAGGAGCAGAAAUAAGAAAGAUAAAAAGAGAGAAAAAGAAAGGGACCACAUCAGUGAAAGAAAAGAGAGGGAAUUCCGUUCAGCCUCUACAAGGAAGAGUUCUAAUGAUAGAGAUGGGAAGGAAAAGUUGGAGAAGAACAAUACUUCACUGAAGGAAAAGGAGCACAACAAAGAACCAGAUUCAAAUGUGGGCAAAGAAGUAGAUGACAAGGAUGCACCAAGGACCGAGGAAAACAAAGUACAGCAAAACGGGAGUUGUCAGCCAAAUGAAGACCUGUCUACCAGAACAGCAGCAGUAUAGGACCUGACAAACACACCUCCUAAACACAUGCUGGAAUAAAAUCCAAAGCUUUUAAUUCUCUCAACAAGAUGUUAAACAGGAAAAAUCCAGUUGAGUAUAAAGAUAAGAGCUAACAGCUUUUCUAGUUGUUAGGUGACUUUGUGGCCAUCUUGUUUACUGAGUAAGAAAAUAAGGCAUGGAAAUAAGGCGUGAAAAUGACAGAUGUUAACCCAAACUCCUCAUCUUUUAGAACUUGCAUUUCCACGGUGGCUGACACACUUGUCAUGUGGUUUGUUAGUCUUUGCCAAGAACCGUUACAAAUAAAUGGGGCAUCAAAGUCCAAAUUUGAACUGUCCAGACUGGAGAUAAGCAUUGGAGGCUCUUAAAAAAAAAAUUCUAGUUAAUGAAUUUUGUAUUGUUUUACUUUUUUUUAAAUUUCAAUAUAUAGAUGGAUGAUGUGCUUGAAAUCGGUGCAAAUAUAUAUACACCCUUGUAAGUGCAGAGUAUGUAAGAAAUUUUAACAUUUACUUCACAGGUUUUACAGUGAUUGUGUUAAGUUCUCACUAUUGUGGUUUUUUUUGUUUUGUUUAGGACAACAGUUUUUCUUUAAAAUAGUUUUACAGAUUAAAAUUGCUUAAAUAAGUGGAUUAAAAACAACUGACAAUGCAUGCUACCAUUCUCUUUCAAAAGGAAGAGCAACUGUGUUGAAUACUAAUAAUGUAUUAGUAUUCAGUGUGUAGAAUCAUUGGGUCUCCCCACAAAGUAAGCAUUUCUUCUUUAACUUUAUAUUUCCUAGUUUAUUAUGAAUAAUAUUGCAGUGUGUGUUGUCAGCUGUAGAUGGCAAAUGUGCCAUUUUAAAAAGAAAAUUGGGUUUUCAAAAUGGGCUAUGGGAGCACAAGCUGAAGCUUUAGUGCCUUCUACAAUGUGGUAUAUACUGUUUUCUAGAAUUUUAUAUGUGCCAGUCAUUCUCAAUUCAUUCAGAAUUUAGGUGGAUAUUCUUUUCACUCCCAUAGAGACGUGUGCAAGCAGUAUGUCAGAAGAGCUUACAUAGUUCACCUAAUAUGAGAAGGGAACUCCUGUUUUCAAGAAUGACUUUAGAGCUUAAACAACAAUGCAGUUUUGGGACCAUCAGUUCUAUACUGUGAUAACUGAAAAUGAAGCAUGUUCUUAUUUUACUUAAAGCCAACUCCUUAGUUGUCUACAUUGGGUGGCCUUAAUUAUUACCUCUCAAUCAUUGUCUCGUAAAUGAUGUGCAAAGGAGAUCAUGUAAAGGAGAAUACAUCAAGUUAUUUGUUUUUUAUCUUUAAGGAUAUGUUUGAGUUUAAAAUACAGGUCAUCCGUAAUUUAUAGGCUCACUUUUUGCAGAAAGUAUGCAAGUAGUAAAAUGACAAUAUUGCUAAUAUUUUUCCCCAAAGCCAUAACUCAAUUGUUUUCAGAAUCCUUUUCAUUAUUGUUACAUUUCCAAGAAAGUUAUACUAUUUAAUUAGCAUGUUAUUUAAAAAUCAAGUAUAAUUACUUUAAUACAAUCUAAUACAAUCAAAUUACUCAGUUGCCUUACCUCAUGGGAAGAGUUACUUAUAGAUUUAAAAACUGAGUAGCACAUCAGUUACUUGGUUUCAACUUGAGUUUUCUUUUAAUGUUAAUACUAUUGAAGCUGAAGUGUUCAGUGAAGCAUACAAAGAAUUGCCCCUAUUUCAAGUAAUGAAACCUGGUUUGUUCACAAAGCUGCUUAUUUACUCUUCAUGUGUUCAGAAUUAGUGUGGUUUUUUUUCCUCCCCUUUUUGUCACUAUGUACAUUAAAAUUUUUGAAAAUGCUUUACUAUGUAAAGUAUAGAUGGUCAUUUUAAUCACUCAACCACAUACGGUUGGCUGGUAAACAGCUUAUUCUGAUAGAAGAGUGGGUGCAUAUGAAAGAUUGUGAAGGAGUGGGUGUCCUGCAUCAACACCUGUCUUAUUUAUGAAAUGUAAGUAGACUAGAGCAAAUGUUGGAAUCUUUGCUAUUUUCAGUACAAUUUAUCUCUAAUAAAGCUAAGUGUUUUAGAGGAAAGUAUUGUGCAUUGCAAAACAGCAUCUUAGUUUCAUCCUGUUUUUGUUUUAGUUGGCAUAGAAAUUGUUUUGAUAUGGAGAGUGAGUGUGUGGUGUCUAUGAAAAAAAUCAUUUAAAGCUUGAAUGUUUCUUAUAUUCUGGAAUCUUUUAAUAAUGGUUUUUAAUGUUGGUAAUUAACAUAUUUAAUUUAGUCCUGCUGCUAAUUACUUUUCUUCCUGGUGAUAUUUAUUUGGCUUUAAAAAUCAUACUAAUCUUGAGACACACUGAUUUGUAAAAAGUUGGGCAUGAGUAGUAAUACAAGAGAUCUGGAGGAAGUAAAAUAUUUUCUUAAAUGGGCUCAUGAAAAUAAAGAUUUCUAGGGUUGUAGAGGUAUUGGGGGGUAUGUGUAUGAAAAAUACAUAUUUUCUCUUUACUUGAGCUGAUGAUGUUACCAUUUGCUUACUAUUUUCUUUCAAGGUAUUUUGUUUUUUCUUUAAGACCAUUCUUUUUCAUCCCAGUUAGAUGUCAGGAAAACUUGAGGUAAGGCCAAGAAGACAGCUGUUUUACACUUGGUACCGUCUGUAAUUAUCUUUUUUAGCUUGAUUAUAUAGAGAGUACACUCUGUUCCUUAAAUUGUAGUUGCUAUUCAUCAUUCUAGACAAAUUCUGUUGUUCCUUUUGUUCUUGCUUGUAUAAGAUGGUCCUUCAUAAACUAACCAGUUUUCAAGAGAGAAAACAAAUACAAAUCCUUAACUUCUGCAACUGUCUCCUUAGUUAUUAUUUUCUGUCUAAUUUUAAACACUAGGCAGUCAGCUUAUGAUUUUUUUUGUUUUAGAGUUCUUUUUUCAAGAGGUUCAGUAUAUAUAUGCUAUUUUGAUUUGCAGAAGUGUCAGAGACUUAAAGUUUGACAUGCUCAAUUAAAAAUAACUGGCGUUUAGAAUGAAUUUUCUUUUAUCAAGAAAAUAAUUUCUUUUGUGGUAUUAGUCAUUUUCAGGGCCCUCAUUCGUUCCUGUGUAUAUCUUACUAUCUUUAUCUUAAAAUUAGAAAAAAAGAACCUUUAUUCAAAUCUGCUCUCAACUGAAGAUGAUAUUCAAACUUAAGGAUUGAAAUAUAUUGUAGUAGGCUUUUAAAAGUUUUUUAAAAACCAAUUACAAAUAAUAUUAGAUUUAAAUAUUUCUGUAGUUGAAUUAGCAAUUCAAAUGAAUCCUUUUGGAGGGAUGCAUUGAAUAACUUUAGCAUACUAUAUUUUCAUUAAGCUAGUAUUUGAUUUUAUCUAGGUGGGUUAUGAAGUAGAGCCAUUUCCACCAAGAAAUUAUGUUCCUUAUGUGUUUAAAUAUUUAAAACUUUCACUGCCUACAUAGUAUUUUCUUGUGUUUAUUUACUAAUGUAAUAUUCAUUUAAAAGUGUUUAUUUUCAGAUUUCAAAAGUUAGUGCUCUUAAAAGGCUGAAUUAUAUUUCUGAAAGCAGGAGUUAAGAAUAAUGUAAUAAAAUAAUCUUUUAAA